UGAGAUUGAUGGAACGCGUCGCAUGAAAAUUUUCAUGAUUAUCAAAAAUUCAAACCGAUCGCUUCCAUCUCUCUUGGUGACUGUUGUCGAAUUCUUCUCUCUGAGUAAUCAAGGCGUUCUUGAGAGACAAACAGGUUUUCUUGGUCUGUCAAAUGUUAAACUAUCUCCUGAUUAACACAAUCGUUUCUGCAUCAAUCCCAAAUUCAAAUUAAACUCGCAAUUAUCAAAAAUCGUGUUGAUUCCCUCCAUUUUCUUUGCUUUUUGUGUUCUUCUUCAUUGUCGACACGACGUACAAUUCUAUCUUUGUAAUUCUUCUUCAUUGUUAUCCAUUCAGGUCCAAUUUGAGAUGUCCUGGAUGCUUUUUCGAUUUUAGAUCAGAAAAUUCGGAUCUUCUUGAAGGAACGUGUUUUGUUCCUUUUUUCUAAUGAAAGAGUUGAUUGAUCUCACUUCAGAUAGUGAUGAAAUUGAGUUCCAUUUUGUUGAUUGUAGUCAAUUUGAUUGAAUGAGAAAUUGGAGCUCAGUUCGAUUAAAUUGUUUUUGAGUUGAUGAUGUUGUCUAUUGUCGAUCACUUUAGAGGGAAGCCACAUAGGUUGUUGCAAGUGCAGGCAGCCUGAAUUUGAUUGAGAUGGAAAAGUCCAUGAAUGAGGAGAGUGAAGUUAAAGGUGGCAUGUGGGCUUUGCAGCAAAAAUUUGAUCCGCCCAUGGAUGAAGAAGCUAGCAGACUUAAGCAUAUGAACACAGAAUCGAAAUGUUCCACAUUGCUACUUGUGCGACUUGCAUUUCAAAGUCUUGGUGUUGUCUAUGGAGAUUUGGGAACUUCUCCAUUAUAUGUAUUUUACAAUACUUUUCCUAAAGGAAUCAAUGACACUGAAGACGUUGUUGGUGCACUUUCUUUAAUCAUAUACUCUCUUACACUUGUGCCCCUCAUCAAAUAUGUCUUCAUUGUUUGUCGUGCUAGUGACAAUGGUCAAGGUGGAACAUUUGCUCUUUACUCACUAUUGUGUCGACAUGCAAAAAUUAGUACAAUUCCAAAUCAACAUCGGACUGAUGAAAAGUUGACUACUUAUAUUUAUACCCCAACACAUGAGAACUCAUUUCCUGAAAAAACCAAGAAAUGUUUAGAAGCACAUGCAUUAAAGAAGAAUGCACUUCUUGUACUUGUACUUGUUGGCACUUGUAUGGUGAUUGGAGAUGGGAUUCUAACUCCUGCUAUUUCAGUUUUAUCGGCUUCUAGUGGCAUCAAGGUAACACACCCCGGGAUGGAUAAUGAUUUUAUCGUGGUUGUUGCUGUUUUUAUACUGAUUGGUUUAUUUUGCCUACAACAUCAUGGUCCUGAUAAAGUUGGAUGGCUAUUUGCUCCAAUUGUAUUGCUUUGGUUUAUUUUAAUUGGAGGAAUUGGAAUUUAUAAUAUUUUAAAACAUGACAAGACUGUAUUGAGGGCCUUUUCCCCUUUGCAUAUAUAUUGGUACUUUAAAAGGAGAGGAAAAGAUGGUUGGACUUCCCUCGGAGGAAUCAUGUUGAGCAUAACAGGGACGGAGGCACUAUUUGCUGAUCUUGCUCAUUAUCCACUUUCUGCAAUCCAGAUUGCAUUUACAACGGUUGUGUUCCCUUGUCUUCUAUUAGCUUAUUGUGGACAAGCAGCCUACCUCAUGAAAAACAAGGAACAAGUGUUUGAUGCAUUUUACCACUCUAUUCCAGAAGCUAUAUACUGGCCAAUGUUUAUUUACAUUCCGGAUAUCAAUUGGGCACUCAUGAUUCUGUGCAUUCUUGUAACAACUGGUUUCAAAAAUCAAACCCAAAUCGGUAAUGCUUAUGGCACAGCAGUAGUAAUAGUGAUGCUAGUAACAACAUUCCUGAUGAUCCUAAUCAUGCUCCUGGUGUGGCACUGCAACUGGUUCCUCGUCUUCAUAAUGACCUUUCUAUCCCUCAUAGUCGAAUGCACCUAUUUCUCAGCAGUCCUGAUCAAAAUCGACCAAGGCGCAUGGGUCCCACUAGCAAUCGCCGCCGUGUUCCUCCUCAUAAUGUACGUCUGGCACUACGGCACAGUCAAAAGGUACGAAUUCGAAAUGCAAAACAAAAUCUCAAUGGGAUGGAUCCUUAACCUCGGCCCAAGUCUAGGGCUAGUUCGCGUCCCCGGAAUCGGACUCGUGUACACCGAACUCGCAAGCGGCGUCCCACGGAUCUUCUCACAUUUCAUCACGAAUCUUCCGGCGAUCCAUACGGUGGUUGUUUUCGUCUGCGUUAAAUCUCUCCCGGUUUAUUCCGUCCCGGAAGACGAACGGUUUUUGGUCAAACGGAUCGGACCGAAGAACUACCAUAUUUUCCGGUGUGUCGCGAGGUAUGGGUAUAAAGAUCAGAAAAAGGACGAUGAAUUUGAGAAGAAGUUGCUGGAUAGUAUCUUUUUGUUUGUGAAACUUGAGUCGUUGAUGGAUGGGAGUUCGGAUUCAGAUGAAUACAGUUUGUAUGAGCAAGAUGUUUCGGGUUUAUCUGAUAAGAAUACGUUUUCGUCUGUUGUUGAUAUUUUAAUUUCCGAUGAUGAUACGGUGAGUGAGACGGGGACGGAGACGGAGACGGCGUCGAGUCACGGUGGUGGUGGGCGGGAAGAGAUUGAGUUUUUGACGCGGUGUCGCGAUGCCGGAGUUGUGCAUAUUUUGGGGAAUACAGUUGUGAAGGCGAGAAGAGAUUCGGGGUGUUAUAAGAAGAUUUGUAUUGAUUAUUUGUAUGCUUUUUUGAGAAAGAUAUGUAGGGAAAAUAGUGUUAUUUUUAAUGUUCCUCAUGAGAGCCUUUUGAAUGUUGGCCAAGUUUUUUUUGUAUAAUUUCAUUUUUUUUAUAUAACAUGAAU